AUGAGCAAACCUGUGAAACUGGAAUUUCUUUCAACGGACUGGGGGAAAAACUGGAUAAAAUUACUGGUUGUUAAGAAGGAAGAAGGAAAACAAUUUAUCAAGGAAAUGGAAGUUUCCACCAGUUUGACGUUGGAAAACCGUCGGGAUUAUACUGUCGCCGAUAAUUCUGAAGUUAUAGCAACAGAUUCGCAGAAAAACAUUGUUCACGUUCUCGCUAAACAGCAUUUGAUACAAAGCAUUGAGGGAUUUGCUAUGUUACUGUGCAGCCACUUUCUGACAACAUAUCCUCAACUUGUCUCUACAAAAAUAAAGAUAGAAGAAUGUCCAUGGAAAAGGAUGGAAAUUAAUGACGAGAUGCACAUACAUGCGUUUCAGUAUGUUAAAGACUGUGUACGAGUAUGUGAAGUUUCUCAAAACCGUAACGAACAGCCAAUUGUUUGCUCCGGGAUUCGGGAAUUGCGAGUGUUGAAGACAACUCAGUCGGCAUUCAAAGGCUUUGUGGACGAUGAAUACCGUACUCUGCCGUAUUCUGAUGACCGGAUAUUUUCCUCCGUAAUAUCUGCAAAUUGGUGGUACGGCUCCUGCUUCCGCUUUGACUUCGAUACAAUAUGGCAAACAGUGAAGAAAACUUUACUUGAAGGGUUUGCUGGACCAGCAGACAAAGGUGUCUUCUCUGCAAACGUAGAAAAUACACUGUAUGAGACCGCCAAAACAGCUUUAUCAAAAAUACCACAGAUUAAACAGAUGGAAAUCACAUUACCUAAUAAACAUUACUUUGAAGUUGAUUUCUCAAAAUUCCCAAAAUUGGAUUUUGAUGGUUGUUUCAACAGAGAAAGCCCAUUUCGACAGUGGGUUCCACGGUUAUCAAUAGAAUCUUUUUGGCAGCAAGGAAGCUUCCGUCCAGAAGGUUUGAAUCUGGGGUUGGAUCCUAGUGAAAUUUGGUGGCAGUGA